AUGCUUAGAUACUCAAUAUUAUGUUUCUGUUAUUAUGCAUUCGAUAUACUAACAAGCUUCCAAAUCAUUAUUUCAAUGUUUAAUGGGAUCAUUUUUGCGAUUCCAUUAUUCAAUGUGAUUUACCUCUCUGUUUUCGUAAUAGCACCUUUCACUAGCCAAGCAGCUGAGCAUAUUACCAUCAAGAAUGACUCAGAACAAACAAUUGCCUUUAAGGUGAAGACCACAGCUCCUAAGGUAUACUGUGUAAGACCUAAUGCCGCUUUGGUGCCAGCCGGUGAAAGCGUUGAUGUUCAAGUGAUUCUUUUAGGAUUGAAGGAAGAACCUACACCAGAUUUCAAAUGUAAAGAUAAAUUCUUGGUUAUAGCUUUGCCAGCUCCUUACGAUUUAGGUGAACUGAGUGUGGCCGAAGCUUGGCCUCAAUUGGAAGCAGAGUUCAAGAACAAGGGCCUGUCAAAGAAGAUUAAGGUAAAUUAUCAACUAGAUGCUGAACCAAGAGUCGUGGAAAAUCUAGAAACUGAUAACGUGCAAACUGAGACUGUCAUUCCUUCAGCCAAGGAAACUAUUGCUAGUGGUUCGAAAGCUACAGAAGAGUCCGCUAGUGAACCGGUACAAAAGAAAUCUGUCCCGGUUGCAUCUGCCAAUACUGACCUGGAUACUGAAAAGCCAAAAGUUGUGGAAAGUGAACCAAAGCUCGAUGAAAAGGUCAAAUCUGAUACCAGCGCUAACACUGAAAUUAUUGCAGAACCCGCUAGUACGUCGAAUAUUGCACCGGCCGUGGUCAUUUGGAUCGUUAUAGGUUUCUUACUUUGGUAUUGGUUAUCUUAG